AUGAAUUUGGUUGAAUCUGUUGUGCAGGAUAAACAUGUGCAAAAUAGAGAACUGGUCAUAGUUAGACUAAUCAAUGGUGAAAUUGUGGUCUUUUUGAAAGUUUAUAAAUGUAAAACUGUUAAAGAUAGUCGAGAGGAGUUGUAA